GAAAGACAGGCUGUCAGAAUCUGGAGUGCAAGAAUGGCGGCUUUUGUGAUGGUCAUGAUCCUGCACAGCCUGUCUGCUUUUGUCCAAAGGGAUUUUCAGGCACCACUUGUGAAAAAGCUGAAGUUAACAGUACAAUGGCUAGUGCGCAGAAACAGACGUUAAUCGGAGAUUUUGCAGUUCCGACAGAGAUAAAAUGUGUUGUAAACCAGUUUUGUUCUAUACCGUUCCAAAUAAUUUCAAAAUCAGGCAUAACGCCAACUGUUUCUCUUGGAUUUAACGACCCACGUCUUGUUGCCGAGACACCAAAGUGGGAAGCACUUGGUAGUUCCAGCACAGAGUUUCAAGGUUAUGCAGUUGUUAAUCCUAACGCUGUUGGUGAUUUUCAAUUGUGUUUGCAAGCAAGUCUAAACAGCCAGACUGACGACGAGCUCUGUGUCAAGGUUGAAGUGUUCAAUGAAACUGUCGACAAGACGGACAAGACAAAACCAUAUUUUCUUCAACCAACAAUUGAAACUGAUUCAACCGUUGUAUGUGAAGUCAAAAAGUCCUGCCAUUUUGAUAUGCAUUUUACUAAGGGAGAUAUGUUCUCAUUUGUUGGCAAAUGCCCAACUUUAACUGAAACAAGUCCCAGUCCAGUUGAAGGUGUUCAUAUUUUUGAUGGCAAGAUACAAACCAAGGACUGUACUGCUGAUGUAUCGUAUGUCCCUCCAUUAGCCGACGGCGAUCAUAAACUUUGUCUUCAAGUAGCAUUACCAGGGAAAAAAGGCGAGAACAGAUGCUACACAAUAAAAGUAGUAAACGACGUUAAGACGGAAGUGAUAUCGCCGUGUCGAGCAGUCACGUGCGGACACGAUGGUAAAUGUGUGGCAGAUUUUACGUCAACACCUGCGAAGUCGUCUUGUAUCUGCACGUCUGGUUUCGUAGGCACCGACUGUAAAACCGUUGUGGAUAAAAAUAAAGAUUUACCAGGAGUUGUCAAUUUGAAUGGAACAUCAAGUGGAAAUCAGCACUUCGAAAUUAACUAUGCUAUCCCUACCGAUGUGCAAUGUGAAGAAAACACCGAAUGUUGCAUAAAUACACCGUACCAUGGGGACACUGACAAACCACCAAAGAUCGGUUAUAAAGAUUCUAACUUGACAACACCGGUUCAGAAAGUGCUUGAAACCAGCAGCUCUGAUCCGUCACUACACAUUGCUCAGACAUGCGUUACCGGACCGAAAGGUUCUCAUAGGAUUUGCCAACAAACUACAACCAACGGGACAGAGCAAGGAGUAAACAUCGACGAAGUUUGCACAAACAUUACAAUAGGGCCUAAAAAGCACCAUUCUGGCACGACUGGCCCAUAUUUGAAGACAAAUAUUCCCGAUGGGUCAAAAGUGUUAUGUCAACCAAACACGAUUUGUCAUAAUACAGUUUUCACAGCUACACGACCAGAUGGACAGUGUUCCCAAGCAAGAGAGUGUGGUAAUGGGGUACUUGGUGUACAUGUCUUUCAAACAAGCUUCGUCAGUGGUGUGUGUACAGCGGAUGUAGCUAUCAAAACAGGCAACAGCGGAACCCUUGAUUUAUGCAUUUCCGCUGGAUCCGGAGGAGAAGAGAAUCAUCUUAAGAUAGAAGUUGAAAGUAAAACUGGCUUCGGUCCUUGUCAGAAACUCCAUUGCUUAAAUGGCGGAAGCUGUAUUGCAAAUCUAGCGAUUAAUCCCAUUUGUCAUUGCCUAGCAGAAUACACGGGUUUGGUGUGCGAAACUGAUAUCGAUGACUGCAGUACCAAUCCUUGCAAAAAUGAUGCAACAUGUGUGGAUAAGGUCAACAAUUAUACGUGCAACUGUGUUACCGGGUAUACUGGUCGUGACUGUGAAACAA